AUGGUCACAGCAGACACCCAAGCUGCAUUGGCUGCUCUGACAGCGACAUACACUUCAACACUCUCCUUUUACCUUAACGCCCAACGCGUCUCCCUCGAAGUUCCUGACCCGACAAUCACCCUCCUUGAGUACAUUCGAUCCACUGGACUCACCGGUACUAAGCUCGGUUGUGCCGAAGGUGGAUGUGGAGCAUGUACCGUCCUGGUCCAAAGCUGGGAAGACGGAAAGGUUGUCAGUAAGAGCGUGAAUGCAUGCAUUGCUCCACUGAUCUCCGUAGACGGGAAACACGUCGUCACGGUCGAAGGCAUCGGAAACAGUACCGCACCUCAUCCGGUGCAAGAGCGAAUUGCGAAAAUGCAUGGAUCCCAGUGCGGGUUCUGUACGCCAGGGAUUGUGAUGUCGUUGUACGCACUCUUACAGCAGAAUCCGGAGCCGACGGAGGCGGAGGUGGAGGAGUGUUGGGAUGGGAAUUUAUGUCGGUGUACUGGAUAUCGGCCGAUCCUUGAUGCGGGCAAGACGUUUGCUACUGGGUGCGGAAGGGCGGGAGGUUGCUGCAGGGACCAGAAGAAGGAGGAUGCCCAUGCCAAUGGCAACGGUAAUGGAGACAGUACUACAGUCAAGAAUGGCGAACCACCUCCCUCAACUCCCACCUUCGCUCCAUACGAACCCUCAAAAGACCUCGCAUUCCCUGCGAAACUGAAGAGCUUCACCCCUUCCGCCCUCGCCUUCGGUACCCCUACCAGGCGCUGGCUCCGGCCCACGACCCUUGAUGAAUUGUUGAAAAUCAAGGCGAUCUGUCCAAGCGCGAAGAUUGUGGGCGGUAGCUCCGAAGUCCAGAUCGAGACGAAAUUCAAGGGUGUGAACUUCGCCGUGAGUGUUUACACUGGAGAUAUUCCUGAACUUCGGACAGUGGAGUUUACGGAGGAUGGGUUAGUCAUUGGUGCGAACAUCACGCUCAGUUCGUUGGAGGGCGUGCUUGAUGAGGCGUGUGAGCACUUUGCAGAGAAGGGUAGUGCGCCGUAUCGUGCGCUUUUGAAGACGUUGCGUGGGUUUGCUGGAAGGCAGAUCAGGAAUGUUGCGACGCCUGCUGGGAAUAUCGCUACUGCGUCCCCGAUCUCGGAUUUGAACCCUGUGCUAAUGGCGACGGGUUCGAAGGUUGUUAUGGAGUCCGUUAAUGGCGGUACGUCCGAGUGCUACAUUCGUGAUUUCUUCAAGGGGUACAGGAGUACAGCGUUGGAGCCUGAAGCUGUGAUCACCAAGUUGGUUAUCCCAGCGAGUAAAGGAGGGGAGUGGGUGCAAAGUUAUAAGCAAGCGAAGAGGAAGGAUGAUGACAUCGCGAUUGUGAAUGCCGGUAUGCGCGUCCGUCUCGGUGGAGGAUAUGUCGUGGAGGAAAUUGAUUUGUGUUAUGGAGGUAUGGCACCCACCACGGUUGCUUCGAAGAAAACCAUGGCAUUCUUGAAGGGGAAGGUGUGGGGAGAGAAAGACGUGUUGGAGGGUGCCAUGAAGUCGUUGGAGGAAGACUUCAAUUUGCCUUUUGGUGUGCCUGGCGGCAUGCCCAUCUAUCGCAAGAGUCUUGCAUUCAGCUUCUUCUUUAAGUUUUGGUCGGAGGUGACUACGACCAUGACCGGAACUGCCUCCGAAGACGACGACCUUCCUCAUGCAGAGAUUACAAGGAACAUCUCAGCGGGGUGGAGGGACGAGGAGAUCCCUAACGAUGGGAACAAUGCUAUCGUGGGUAAACCCCUUCCCCAUGUUGCUGCUUUGAAGCAGGUUACGGGAGAAGCGCAGUAUAUUGACGACUUGCCUCGCUUCUCGAAUGAGCUGUAUGGAUGCCUCGUGCUCUCAACCAAGGCCCAUGCCAAAAUCGUUCGUGUCGAUACUGAUGCUGCGCUGGACAUGUCUGGUGUUGCAGGAUAUGUCGAUCAUACCGACUUGCCUUCACCAGAAGCGAACUGGUGGGGUGCACCCCGCUGCGAUGAAGUCUUCUUUGCCGUAGACGAAGUCUUUUGUGCUGGGCAACCCAUUGGGUUCAUCCUUGCUGACACUAAGGCACAUGCUCAAGCUGCGGCGAGAGCGGUGGUUGUUGAAUACGAGGAGCUUCCGGCGAUCUUCACUAUGGAGGAAGCGAUUGCGCAAGAUUCGUUCUUCGCUCACUAUAGGUUCAUCAAGCGGGAUGGAGAUGACAUGGAUGGCGCGUUCGCAAAGGCCGAUCAUGUCUUCGAGGGUGUAGCGAGAAUGGGUGGACAGGAGCAUUUCUAUCUCGAGACUAACGCCGCUAUGGCUGUUUGGAAACCGGAGGAUGGCGAAAUGGAUGUGUAUUCUUCCACGCAGAACCCGACUGAGACGCAAACAUACGCAGCCAAAGUCACCGGAGUCCCGGCGAAUCGCGUCGUCUGCAAAGUCAAGCGUAUGGGAGGUGGAUUUGGCGGUAAGGAGACGAGAAGUGUCCAGCUCAGCAGUAUCUGUGCCAUCGCUGCGAAGAAGAUGAAGAGGCCUGUUCGGUGCAUGCUUGAUCGUGAUGAGGAUAUGGCUACGAGUGGACAGCGUCAUCCGUUCUUGUCCAGGUGGAAAGUCGGCGUAAAUAAUGAUGGCAAGCUUGUCGCGUUAGAUGCCGACGUGUUCUGCAAUGGCGGAUGGACGCAGGAUCUCAGUGGUGCAAUUGUUGAGCGUGCAUUGUCGCAUAUCGACAAUGUGUAUUACAUCCCUCAUGUUAACGUGCGAGGACGGGUCUGCAAGACGAAUAUCCAUUCUAACACGGCGUUCCGAGGCUUCGGUGGACCGCAAGGGAUGUUCAUCUGUGAAAGUUACAUGUCUGAGAUUGCGGAUCAGUUGAAUAUGUCUGUUGACAAGUUGAGGGAAAUCAACUUCUAUAAAGAGGGUCAAAAGACGCAUUUCAACCAGGUCUUGGAAGACUUCCAUGUUCCUCAGAUCUACGAGCAGAUUAAGGUCGAGGCUGAUUAUGAUGAGAGGCGAAAGGCAGUCGAUGAAUUCAAUAAGACUCAUCGAUGGAGGAAGAGAGGUCUCGCGCUCAUUCCUACCAAGUUUGGUAUUAGUUUCACAGCGUUGUUCUUGAACCAGGCCGGUGCUUUGGUGCAUAUCUACCAUGACGGAAGUAUACUGCUGGCUCACGGUGGUACGGAGAUGGGUCAGGGUCUGCACACCAAAAUGUGCAUGGUGGCUGCGGAGGAGCUCGGUGUUACUCUCGAGAACGUGCACAUAUCCGAGACUGCAACUAACACGGUUGCCAAUACGUCGUCUACGGCAGCUUCGGCAUCGUCCGACUUGAACGGCAUGGCCAUCAAAAACGCCUGUGACCAAAUCAAUGAACGUCUGAAGCCUUACCGGGAAAAGUUAGGGCCCGAUGCAACCAUGAAACAACUUGCGACAGCAGCGUAUUUUGACCGUGUGAACUUGUCCGCGAACGGCUUCUACAAGACGCCCACAAUUGGUUAUGAGUGGGGAAACGAGAACAGCAAGCCUAUGUUCUUUUACUUUACGCAGGGUGCUGCCAUCGCUGAAGUGGAGAUUGAUACGUUGACUGGCGAUUGGAAGUGUGAACGUGCUGAUGUGAAGAUGGACAUCGGACGCACAAUCAAUCAGGCGAUCGACUACGGUCAGAUUGAAGGGGCGUUUGUACAAGGUAUGGGGCUGUUCACGAUGGAAGAAUCGCUAUGGUUGCGUCACAACGGCAACCUGUUUACCAAGGGUCCUGGUGCGUAUAAGAUUCCUGGAUUCCGGGAUGUACCGGUUUCAUUCAAUCUCUCAAUGCUGAAAGGCGUUCCGUGGAAGAAUCUCAGAACGAUCCAGCGAAGCAAGGGAGUCGGAGAGCCUCCGUUGUUCAUGGGUUCAGCAGUUUUCUUCGCAAUGCGCGAUGCCAUCAAGUCGGCAAGGAAGGAUGCUGGCAACACUGGUCUUCUUGCACUACAUUCGCCCGCCACGCCUGAGCGCAUCAGGCUUGCUUGUACGGAUGAGAUUACUGAACGCGCCCAUGUCAACGCGAAGGAGAAGGAGCAUAACUGGUUUAUCCAACCCUGA